UCCAAGCAGCUAGGAGGAGGAGGAAGACGACCAAGCUAGACCAGCCUAUAUAUAUGCACCGCACCUUAGCUACCUUUUGCUUCCCUUCCCUUCCGCCCACCUAGAUUCUACCUGCAUCAAGCAGCUAGUACGUGCGCGCAGCUGCCGGCACAGUCAAGGCGAUCGAUGGAUAGAGAUCCCAUGGAGGCACCGACGUUUACGACGGGGGCGCUGGCUAUGCCAACGCCGGCGCCGGCGAGCAACAACAGCGGCAAGAAGGCGUCGCGGUUCAGGCGGGUAUGCGUUUUCUGUGGGAGCAGCGCAGGGAGGAAGGCGGCGUACCAGGCGGCAGCGGUGCAGCUCGGGCAGCAGCUGGUGGAGCGCGGCAUCGACCUCGUGUACGGCGGCGGCAGCGUGGGUCUCAUGGGUCUGGUGUCCCGCGCCGUGCACGGCGGCGGCGGGCGCGUCACGGGCGUGGUGCCUCGGUCGGUUCUCCCGCUGGAGCUGAUCGGCGAGACGCCCGGCGGGGAGGAGGUGAAGGCGGUGUCGGGCAUGCACCAGCGCAAGGCCGAGAUGGCCCGCCGCGCCGACGCCUUCGUCGCGCUCCCCGGCGGCUACGGCACGCUGGAGGAGCUGCUUGAGGUCAUCACCUGGGCGCAGCUCGGCAUCCACGACAAGCCGGUGGGAUUGUUAAACGUGGACGGGUACUACGACUCGCUGCUGGCGUUCAUCGACAGGGCGGUGGAGGAGGGGUUCGUGGCGCCGGCGGCGCGGCACAUCAUCGUGGCGGCGCCCACGCCCAGUGAGCUGCUCGCCGCGCUGGAGGAGUACGUGCCGGCACACCACGACGCCUCCUCCGUCAAGCUCAGCUGGGAGUCGUCCGUGGACACCAUGACCUGCUUACCAUCCAAGCCCGAUAUCUCUCGCUAGCUAGCUAGCCUGGCUUGUAUACUAGCCUAGGAUGGAGCUACCUGCUCAACUACACAAUUAAGAUUGACAUACAUUUAUACAUCAGAUGAUAUAUUCAUCCAACCAACCGUACGCGUAUUCAUACUGA